CUGCAAACUGCAAAAGUGCAACUGGCCUGAAAGCAGAGGAUUCGAUGCAUGUCAAAUGACACUUUUAUCACAAACUGAAAGCACGAUAUAGAUAGAAGCAGAAAUCCAGAUAUGCCAGUGAGGAGGAGGGUGGACGCGAUAAAAUUUCUGCUGCUCUGAAGAACUGAUGUUAAGAUGUUGUCCUCCACAUCUUUUGUGAUAAGCAAGCUCUCAAGAAAAUGACUCAAGCCAACUAAUGUCUGAGAAGUUUCCCAGGAACUUGAUAUGUGCCUUUCCACCAUGGUGUAAAACCCAACAAAUAUUAAACAAAUUAGACAAGAAAUAUUGACUAUUUUGCAUUCAGCAAUAAAGCAAAAUCUAAGUUACACCUUCUCAUUGCUAAUCCCCACCUGAAAAUACCAGUCUUCAUCUGCAUUAAGGCUUUACCAGGUCUGGAGUUAGUCAUCGGCCCAUCUACCCCCAUUUUUUUUUUCUAUUGAGUCAAAGCCAGUGAACAAAAUAACCUUUUUUGCAGGUGCAAGUUUUAUUGCCGGGUGAAAUAUCCUCGAUGGAAUUUCAUUUGACUCGUGUCCCUUAGGUUGCGAAGCAGGUAGAGACUUAGUUCCUCAAAAGAUUCUCCAUUCCUCAAAGAUCCCGCUGCGGAGAUGAGGUUUUAAUUACCUGUCUGUGUUGACAGCGAACUUACUGGCACGGCACAUUAUCUGUCUACUACGACACAGAGCUUCAGAGAAAAACACAUACUAGAACUGAGCAUCGCCAGAGAAAAACAUCAGGACCAGCUCUCCAUCAAUGACCAGCUUUAACUGAUUUGACAAACGAUUUUAUUUCAUUGCGCCCUGCGUCAGACUGGCGACCUGUCCAGGGUGUCCCCUGCUUUCGUCCGAGUCAGCUGGGAUAGGCUCCAGCACCCCCGCGACCCCAGUGAGGAUAAAGCGGUGUAUAGAGAAUGGAUGGAUGGAAUGGAUUUUAUUUCAUUGCUGCUUUUGAAAUUUAGAAGCUGGAUAUUUAAUGAAUAUUUGUGUAGAAGUGCAUGCCUCUAAACUUCCAAACUAUAAUGAUCACAGCAGGUAGGGACCCUUUGCCUUAGACUAUUCAUUUAUUCCAAGUAAUUCCUUUAGCAACUCAUUGCACACACUCCUUUCUCCCCUCUGUUUGAAUAAUUUAGUGAAAUCUACUGUUGCACUGAAAACUAGAUUACACUGACUCACAUUUAACCUCGUGCAGAUCCAUCAAAUCUGUCAGGGCAGGUGCAGUUUGCACAAAUACAUAGCCUACUUUCUAACAGCCAUAAUUGUGAUUGAAGAGAAGCAUAAAAAUGAGAGGACAAAAGCGAGAGACCAGUAAGAGAGAGAGAGAGAGAGAGAGAGUGAGAGAAGAGACGGAGGCAGGCAGGAGACCAGACAUGCAGGUUUUUUAUGCUGUGUGUGUGUUUUAGGGCUCCCCUGGGGCCAGACAAUUAAAGAGCAUUUAAAAAGAUGACAGAGCUCGGUGCGCAAGAAGGGGAGAGGUUCGCAGGUGUAUGUGGAGCAUGUGCGUGUUUUUGUGUCCAUAUCAAUGCGAUGUGUGCCUGUGGGAACGAGUGUGCGUGCUGCAUGUGGGUGGACCGUAUGAUCACGCAAGGUGUGCCCGUUUAACAGCCUGCAUAUCGUGCAUCGGGGGUAUUGUCGCAAAAAAGCAACGACGCAUAAAGCAUCACUUGGCCGGUAAUAAUUCACGCGACAUUUUUUAAACUGACAAUACACAGAGGGAGAAACAACACACAUUCCACUACAAAGAAGAAGAAAAGAGAGAAGAGAGAGAGAGCAUGAGAGAAAGAGAGAGAGAGAGCCAUAGAGAGAGAGAGAGAGAGAGAGAGAGAGAGAGAGAGAGAGAGAGAGAGAGACAUUGUGAAGAACAGCUCUGAAAGAGUUUUUGUGGGGCCAUAACAAAGGCCCCUCAGAAAACACAGUGGCAUAGGAAUGUUAAUUAAUUAAUGAGAAACUAUUCAGCCUACAGAGGAUGGUGGAGAAAGAAAGACAGAGAAGGAAAGAGACAGACAGACAGGACGAAAGGGGCAGACUAGCCUCAAAGUGGGUGCAAAGACUUUUGUCUGAGUACUUUUAUAUUUUAAAGAGCAUGCUGUGAAGUUACUCUAAAUUUAACAUCCAUGAAUGAAUUUUCAAGACCUCUUUAGGGAGUGCGUGUGUGUCAUAAAUUGAAAUGUCCCAAACUUGUAUUGGACUUUGCGUGUGUGCAUUUGCAAGCAUAUAACAUACUGUCAAAUGAAAGCCUCACUUCCUCAAGCUUGAGCUUUCCAAGAACUAAGAAAACAGUUUUCCACGCUGACUUAAGUGCAUUUUUGAGUUCAUCCACCAGCAUUUGAAAAGAUUUUAUGACCCCGAGUUGGUAGUUUUUACCAGGACAAUGUAUUUCCUCUAAUAAAACAUGAGAUCACUAACGCUGGAGUUAUGAGGAAUAACCGCUGGUGUUGUAUUUCAGUGUUUUUACCAUCAUCGCAAUUAUUAAUUCAGCUUUUUACCGGUUAGUACUAGCGGCUGGGAGAUAUGCCUGAAAUCUGAGGAAGAGGAAGGAAUAAAGUCAGUGCUGCUGUGAAUGGUAAGUCAGUUUUUCCCCUCUUUGAUUUGUUGUAAUUAUAGAAUGCAUCAUUAAGCAGUUAUGCAACAUCCUGUACUUACAGGUGCACAGCAUGUAAAGCUCAGUUGUGUAACAUAUGAGUUGUACAUAUUGCACACAUUCUUGCAUUAGUUCUGAGUAGAAAAGCGCAGUUUCAAUUUCAAUAUUAAGAAUUUACAAGGAGAAUUAUGUGCCGUAACAGAAGAAAGUGAGGUCGGAUGAAAUUAAUGUCAAGAUUCUGUGGCAAAACUGUGAGUGAGAGCAGAUAGAGUGUGAAAUACAGAUAGGCUUUAGGUGGAGGCAGCUGAAACUUCUUCACAAAUCCACACUCUUCUCUCUGUAGACUGGAGUGUGUGUAUGUGAAAUGGAUAUGCGAGUUCCUUUGCGCCGGUCACUCAUAAUCUGUUAUUUAUCUGUGGGCAUCCAUGUGCGUGUGUGCAUGCAUGCAUGCGUGUGUCGCUGCGCGUGUGCGAUCACGACAUUCCAGCGGCAGAAACCUGAGAAGGUGUGACUUAUGAGACACUGGAUUCUGCUCUUUCUGGGGACUGAGGGGUGCUGAAGUGUCAGAAUUCCAAUUUCCUCCAAACAGUCACUCCCAGUCACACACUCUGACCCUCUGCCUUCCCUCUCACACAGCUAAACACACUCUGCUGCUUUCAUUCUUAUCCUCCAGAGCUAGCUUUUUCUCCCCAUUUCUCUUUCAGCUGUAAACACUGUCGCUCAUUUUCCCUCAGUUCCAUUCAUAAGGCCCCACAAGGAGCAAUCUUGUCUCACCCCACAGUGUGCCACCACCCUCUCCUUCUCCCUUUUUCCCUUCUCCAAACUAAACACUCACCCUUCUCUCUUCAGAUUGAGCUUCUAGGCUGAGCAGAACAGGGGGGAAAAGGAAGAGAGGGAGAAAGAGAGGGAAGAGUUUGAGAAUCGCGGGUCCCUCCCACUUUCCGGAGAUGCUCCAGCCCAUCCCUAAAUUGUGGGCCAAUGAGGGUUGCUCAUUCACAACUCAUGCGCUCCUUCUACAAUAGGUAAGGAGAGAGAGACAGAGAAAGCAAGAGAUAUAUACAAGGAGAGAAAGACAGGGGGGAGAAAAAGUGAAUGUGUUUGGGGGAGAAAGACGGUGCAAAGAGUGUGAAAGAAGACAGGGAAGACAUUCUAGCAAAGCUGCACCCCUGGGAAUGAAGUAGUGACUGAGAGACAAGCAGAUAAAGAGAGAUGAAGACCUUGUAACAGGACAGAUUUACAGAGUGGACAACCUGCAGGGGUGAAGACGGCAGUGAGGGUUUUUUUUUUUUUUUAAAGAGACACGAGGGCAUUUAGAGGAGAAACACCUCCUCAUUUAUCUUUCAAGGCAUCACAGAGGACUAAAGAGAGUGUGACAAGACAGGAAAGCCCUACAGGUGUAGAUGCAGACAGGUGGUCAGUCAGACAUGCUGCUUGUGUUUCUGCUUCUGGCUCGAGGAGUUUGGGAGUCGACCCCGGGAGUGUGGGGGUAUGGACGCAUCCAGGACAGGCAGGGGCCAGCGACACCACUGUGCCCACCUCCAUGCCAGUGUGAAGAAGAUGGGAUCUUUAUCAUGGUGGACUGCUCGGAGAUGGGACUAUCAUCUGUGCCGACCAACCUCAGCCCUCUAACCACAUACCUGGAUCUGAGUAUGAACAACAUCAGUGAAAUCCAACCCAGAGCCUUCCAUCGACUGCACCUGUUAUCAGAACUGCGUAUCUCAGGGAAUCAGCUGAGGUAUAUCUCGGGACACGAUCUCCAAGGUCUCAACAACCUCAAAGUUCUGAUGCUGCAAAACAACCAACUGGAGAGGCUUCCUGACGAUGCUCCGUGGGACCUCCCCAACCUCCUGUCUUUGCGUCUCGAUGCUAACCUGUUGUCUGAGGUUCCAGCUGAGGCCUUUAGAGGUGUUCGCUCUCUGAGACACCUGUGGCUGGAUGACAACUCCCUAAUGGAGAUCCCAGUGACGGCGCUGGACUCUCUGCCCUCGCUGCAGGCCAUGACGCUGGCCCUCAACCACAUCACGCACAUCCCAGAUUACGCAUUUACCAACCUCUCCGCCCUUGUCGUACUGCAUCUCCAUAACAACCACAUCCAAACCAUGGGCUCAAGAUGUUUUGAAGGUUUACACAGUCUGGAGACACUGGAUUUAAACUACAAUGACCUGCAGGAGUUCCCCGUGGCCAUCAGGACGCUGAGCAAACUUCAGGAACUGGGCUUCCAUAACAACAAUAUCAAAGCCAUCCCCGAGAGGGCCUUUGUGGGAAACCCUCAGCUCCAAACCAUUCAUUUCUACGAGAACCCCAUCCAGUUUGUGGGAAAAUCCGCUUUCCAGUUCUUACCCAAGUUGCACACUCUUUCUCUUAACGGAGCGACACAGAUUCAAGAGUUCCCUGAUCUGAAAGGAACAACCAGCCUGGAAAUUUUGACACUGACUCGGGCCGGUCUCUCAGCUCUCCCUCUGGAUCUAUGUGAGCAGCUGCCUCACCUCAGAGUUCUGGAGCUAUCAUACAACCAGAUAGAGGAGCUGCCCAGCUUUUACCACUGCUCAGCAUUGCAAGAGAUAGGGCUACAACAUAACCAAAUCAGAAGGAUCGACUCAAGCACCUUCCAUCAGCUCACUUCACUGAGGGCACUUGACCUUAGCUGGAAUAUAAUUGAUUGGAUCCACCCCGAUGCCUUCGCUUCACUUCACUCUUUGAUCAAACUGGACCUGACAGAGAACCAUCUCAGUUCAGUACCAGUUGCAGGUUUGGGGGGUCUCACCCAUCUCAAGCUGAGGGGGAACCCAGAACUAUACGAGGCCUUCAGUCCUGAUCACUUCCCUCACAUGAGGGUGAUAGAGAUGCCUUACGCGUACCAGUGCUGUGUAUAUGGCUCCUGUGAUAACUACAAACCAGCCAGUCAGUGGGACACAGAACAGACCAACACUAAUGAAGACUUACACAAGAGGACUGUAGCCAUGUACUCCAUCCACGCUGACACACACUAUGACCCUGACCUGGAGGAAUUCCAGCUGGAAAUAGAAGAAUCUAAACUACAGACGAGCGUCCAGUGCACACCCACACCUGGUCCUUUCCGUCCCUGCGACUCCCUUUUGGGAAGCUGGCUGGUUCGCGUUGGCUUGUGGUCCAUCUCCCUGAUGUCUCUGCUGGGGAACUCCAUCCUGCUUCUGUCCCUCUUUGGCUCGCCAGGCUACCUGUCGCCGCUUCGCUUCACUGUGGCUUGCAUGGGUGCUUCCAAUCUGCUGACGGGCGUGUGCACGUGCACACUGGCCCUGGUGGACGCUCUCACGCUGGGAGAAUUCGGCCACCACGGCGCCCGCUGGGAGGGAGGCCCAGGUUGUCAGGCGACAGGAUGGGUCUGGGUGUUUGCAUCUGAGGCGAGUGUGUUGCUGCUGACUCUUGCGGCGGUGCAGUGUGGCGUGAGCGUGACGUGUGCACGCGCCUACGGGAAAUCCCCAUCCCUCGGGAGUGUGCGCACAUGUGCACUUUUCUGCCUCACUCUUUCCCUCAUGCUUGCUUCUCUACCAUUAGUAGGAGUUGGGGAGUAUGGGUCCUCACCUUUUUGCCUUCCCUCCCCACUGCCACCCCCAUCUUCUCGACUACCAUCCUCCCUGGCUUUUCCCUUGUCCCUCAUUAUGAUGAACACCCUGUGCUUGCUCAUAGUCACAGGUUCAUACAUCCGACUUUACUGGGAGUUACUUAGAGGGGAGUGCGAGGGCCUUUGGGACUGUGCUAUGAUCAAACAUGUUGCCUGGCUAAUAUUCACAAAUGGACUUCUCUAUGUACCAGUAGCUUUCCUCUCCCUUUGUUCCCUUCUGGGUCUCCUCUCUCUGGGGGAGGAGGUGCUAAAAUCAGUCCUUCUGCUUCUCCAGCCCUUGCCUGCCUGCCUCAACCCUCUCCUUUUCCUACUUUUCACAAGAGACUACUCUCAGUUUUUCUUCUGGCCUCUCCCCAAAGCACGUCCACAGCUACGUCGGGACCGCACCCUGGACUCGUUGGUUUCUGUGGAGACAGAGAAGAGCUCCUGUUCCGAUUCGUCAACGCAGGUGUCACUCACUGAUGCUGACGCCAUGUACACUGGGGGGUCUUCUCUCCAGGCACGACUGGAUCCCAUCAGAUUUUCCCACUGCUCCUCGACUUCCUCUGUUCCUCUCAUCCCUUGCCAAAUACCGACUCUCACCGCCAGAGAUCGAGAGAGGGUGACAGAAUGAGGGGAGCCUGAAUGACGAUGAAUGUCUGGAGAGUUUGGAUCAAGAUGUGAUUCACAACACUUGCCCUCUGUAUCACUCUAACAUGACUCACUCUCUCACCCAUGAGCCUCCAAGCUAGCUGUCUGAAAAGCUGGAACACUAGGGACAUUUAAGGACAUCACCUUACUGCAGCGGCACGACCAUCUCUGGGUUAUCAGUCUUUAAGCUCCUCAAAGUGAGUCAAAACAGAAACUGUUGAGGACUAUACAGAAGUUGAUGAGAAAACAACAGAGCCUCGGAAAUUGGGGAGUGGAACUGAAAGUUCCUUUCACAGAAAAGACACUUCAAGGAAACACCACUACUGUUGAAAUAAGGACAGUUUCAGACACUAACCAGUGGACUGCAUCAAUCAUGGACUUGAAUGAAAAAGAGAAAAAAACUGCAUGAAAAAUCUAAGCAUCAGACAAAUCAGUGGUUUAGCCAAGGAGAAAUUAGGUAGCACCAGUAGGAUUUAAAGUGGAAAUGUUUAUACUGAAAUGUGAUCAUGAGAAGUGCAACUUAGAGGUUACAGACUGUUUUGAUUAUAUUUUAAGUGGAGUUAUAAUUUGUUUUUUUUUUAAAUAUAAAGUCUAUCCUAUGGCUAAGGUCUGUUUAAACACAAAAAAGGGACUCCUCAUCAGACACACUAGGCUAUUUUACCGCUGUAAGCUAACAUUUUUCAUCCACAGAAACAUUAUUGUCAGAUGUCAUAUUUCGCAACUGUGCAAUUCAACAGCUGUUCUAAAGAUGCUAAUCUUGAAGUGGCACCAAAAUGCAAGAGGAAAUGGGUCGUACAUACGGCUUCAUGUGGCUUACAUGGACUGGUCACAUAUAUGCAACUCUGCUCAACAGGAUGCAAUCAGUCAUACAGACUAAAUGGGAUGUAGCUAUCUUUCUACAGACUUUAGAGUAGGCUAGCAAUAUGUACAUACAAUGUAACUACCUCUGAACUAGCAUGGUAUUGACUCACUACAGCCUUAAGAGGUUUGGCUCUCUUUUUAUAAACAGCAAAUAUAUAAUUUUAUAUAUUAAGAAAUAAAUCCUUAGUUUGUAAAAAAAAAAAUUAAACUUGUACCAUUUAGGAUGUACAUACUUUGUAUACAACUGGUAAGCAUAUGUUUGAAUAAAAUUAUCAUCUUCAUACUGUA